AUGGAAGCACGAUGCCAGCGAUUGGGGAUUUCAUGUGCGGUAUGGGACCCCCGACGGCCACCCGAUGGGGUAUCCAUCGUAUUGAUCACGCCCGAGAGCACCGACAGCGAUGCAUUUGCCGAUUUUGUGACCCGGCAGCGGAUGUUACAGCGAUUAGAUCGGAUUGUGGUGGACGAGUGCCAUAUGGUAUUAAGUCAACAGGAGCGAUUCCGGCCAUUAUUCCAGCAGUUGGGCAAGUUACGAACCGCAGCCACCCAGAUCGUGAUGUUGACCGCGACAUUGCCCCCCCGCAGCGAGGAAUUAUUAUUCCAUCGGAUGCAUUGGGUCCGGGAUCAAGUGGUAUUAUAUCGGGGCCACACCAGCCGGCCCAAUAUCGCAUAUCGUGUCCAUACGAUCCCCGUAGACGAUGGAUAUGACCAUCCGUUCCAGUGGGUGCAGAUGCGGAGUGUGAUCCAGUUCAUCCAGGACCGUGUUCGCCGAGCGUACCCCGGCCGGGUGAUCAUAUAUGCCACCGUCCGGGCCCAUGUCACCGCAUUGGCCGAGUUAUUAGGUUGUGCCGCAUACCAUAGCAAGCAGGUGGACAAGGAAGGGAUUUUGGCAUCAUUCCGCCACCAGGCCGGGGCGGUGAUCACGGCCACCAGUGCGUUAGGGAUGGGGAUUGAUAUCCCCGAUAUCCGCAGUGUGAUCCACGUUGGUCAGCCCCGGACCAUGUUAGAUUACGCGCAGGAAAGUGGGCGGGCCGGGCGUGAUGGACAGCCCAGCGAGGCGAUUAUCAUCCAGGCCGAGGGUCAGACGAUGGGGCGGGAAUGCCGUCCGUUUUGGAUGCACGAUGCGCCCCCGGACGACCAUGCCCAUGUUGUUGAGUAUAUGGAGGCGGCGGUGACGGGUUGCCGGCGAGUGAUAUUGGAUGGGUAUUUGGAUGGACCCAUCGAGGAAUACCAACGACAGCGAUGUGGUGAUCGGGUGGUCGAGUCCGCAUGUGAUGGAUGUAUGCCCAAUUGGGAAGACCAGGAGUCCCGGAUUGGAUCCGCGUCCCCCGUUAUCGCCGAUGACCCGAUGGUUGAUGUUCGGGGCGGUUGA